CAUUGCUUCAUAGUUCAGAAAAUGUCGAAAAAUAUUGUGAUAGCUCAAAAUUCAAAAAUCUCAUUUUACACGGAUCGACACAAACAAUUACUGAAUAAAUUUGUUAAAAACAAUUAUUUAAUAUUUAAACGUCAUUUCUUCACUUUUGUGAGUAAAAUGAAUUUAGAGUUGUUGGAAUCUUUCUGCCAAAAUUUUCCUGAAGAGUAUGACGGCUCACUGGAUUGUAUAUCUUUAGCGGUUACUUGCUGCUUUAAUAAAUACGGAACAUUGCUUGCUGUUGGUUGUAAUGAUGGUCGAAUAGUGAUAUGGGAUUGCUUAACAAGAGGUAUAGCUAAGAUCAUUUCUGCUCAUGUUCAUCCAAUUUGCUCGCUUAGUUGGUCCAGAAAUGGUCAUAAACUAUUAUCAGCAUCAACUGAUAAUAAUGCUUGCAUUUGGGAUGUUUUGAAUGGCGAUUGUGAGAACAAAUAUCGUUUUCCAUCACCAAUAUUAAAGGUACAGUUUCAUCCAAGGAAUGAUUCGAAAUUUUUGGUUUGUCCAAUGCGAUAUGCUGCAAUUCUUGUGGAAGUCGGAGGAAAACAUAAAGUUUUACCCAUUGACAGCGAUGGUGACUUAAAUAUUGUUGCAACAUUUGAUAGACGAGGAGAACACAUUUAUACUGGAAAUGCAAAAGGAAAAAUUCUAGUGAUGAAUACUGAUACAUUUGAAAUAAUAGCAAGUUUUAAAAUUACUGUUGGAACUUCUAGUGCUACCGCCGUUAAAAGUAUAGAAUUCGCAAGACGAAGUAAUUCAUUUCUAGUGAACACAGCAGAUCGUGUCAUACGUGUUUACGACUCAAAAGAUGUUAUAGCAUGCAAAAAGGAUGGUGAUCCAGAACCAAUUCAAAAACUUCAAGAUCUUGUUAAUAAAACUACUUGGAAAAAAUGUUGCUUUUCUGGUGAUGGUGAGUAUAUUUGUGCAGGCUCAGCUCGACAGCAUGCACUUUAUAUUUGGGAAAAAUCUGUGGGAAAUCUCGUAAAGAUUUUACACGGAACAAAAGGAGAAUUGCUUCUUGACGUUGAGUGGCAUCCAGUGAGGCCAAUAAUAGCUAGUAUUAGUUCUGGACUAGUUUCAAUAUGGGCUCAGAAUCAAGUGGAAAAUUGGUCUGCAUUUGCGCCAGACUUUAAAGAAUUGGACGAAAAUGUAGAGUAUGAAGAAAGAGAGUCUGAAUUUGAUAUUUAUGAUGAAGAUAAAUCAGUAGAUUUAGCAGCUGAAAAUAAAACUGAAGAAGAUCUUGAGGUUGAUGUUGUAACAACAGAACCAAUAGCAGCAUUUUGUAGCUCUGAUGAAGAAGCAGAAGAUAGUAAUGCAUUACAAUUUUUACCAAUGGCACCGGAAGUUGAAGAGCCCGAAGAAGGUUGGUGUAGUCAAGAUGGUGCUGAUGCACUUGCCGAGCCGGAACAGCUGUCUAAUUCAAGAGAUUUUGAUUCCAUGGAAGGAUCGAGUGCAAAGAAACGAAAAAUGAGCUCGUACGAUAUUGAACUCGAAAAUGCACCGCCUGACGAAAUUCAUCCACUUUUACAAAAUAAAACAAUGAAAGAGAAACAAAAUACAAAUAUGAAAGCAAAAGGUCGACCACGUAAAUGAGAUGUAUAAGUUCUUUUUCCCUAUGACAUUUAAUGAUAAGUUAAUAAGUAAUACAUAAAAAAAUAAAAUCUUUUUCAUAAAUUUU